CAUUGCAGAUGACUAAACCCUCUACGACUACCUCUCUACGUUGGUGUUUGUGCAAUAUCAUAGAACCUGAUUUCAGUCGUGCUUCUGCAGGAGAACGCAAUUGGAUCAUGAACCCCAGUUGAAGGUUUCUAGUCUACCUGGAGCCAAAACCAAACAAAUCUGGAUCUAACAAAAGCUAUGUAUAUGCCGCAAUUAUUAAUUUGAACAUGUAUUAAUCUCCGUACGAAUCGCGAAAGGAUUUUAAUUGCCUCGUGAUGCUGUGUAUCAAAAUUUGUUAUUUCAAGCUUGCUAUUUGUCUUAAUGUAUCGAGAGCGAGAAACCGCUUAAUGAGGAAAGAGACUGCAGUUUUCCGUUUAUAAGAAACAGUCGAAGACGGUUGACAGCAAAUGGAUAAUUGAAUAUCAUCGAUAUUUUUAAUCAUUCAACCGCAUUCCACAGUUGUGCAGUUCAUUUCAUAUCAACCAUGCUAAAUUAUUCUGCAGCCACCAUGUUCUCACCAAACAAAGCAUACUUCAUCUUCAUCGUUUUCAUGGUCAUGAGUAGCAUUUCAGAAUAUACAAACGUCGUUGUGAUAAGCAGGAAGUUUCUAUGCGUGAGAACAAUAUUGAGUACAUACACAUUACGGUAUUCAAUAUCCUGUUGACGCCUCUCCGUUGGUCUGCGCUUUCGUGCAGUAUCAUAGAAACUGUUCACAGCCGACUGUUUCUGUAGGCUGGUAGGAGAGCUCACUCGGAGCAUGGAUAUAGAAAUUGCUUGAAAGUUUAUACCCAACUGGAAAUCAAGACAAAAUCAACUUGGAUCUAAAAUUCAUCUUGCAACCUGUCUUCGAGGUUCUAACACUUUAAGCUCGGCUCGGAUUGCCAUUAGUUUGAAUUAUUUGGAUUGACUUGUAUUGCUUUGCUUUGUGUCGGAGUCUGGGGUCGGAGUUUGUGCAUUCUGGGUGUAUCCUAAUCAAAAACGAUACCAUCGCUUUCCAAGUUUGUAAAGACUGCAGCCUUGUGAUAAGAAACGACUACAGACGGUUGACAGCAAAUGUAUCAAAACGGAAUAUCAUCAAUGUUAUUUCAGUAGUCACCACCUACCAUUGUUGUACCACUCAUUUCAUAUCAGCAAAAAUAUAUUACUGUGCAGUCAUCAUGUUCACACCAAACAGAAUAUAUGUCAUCUUCAUCGUUUUCAUGGUCAUGUCUUGCGUAUCACAAUCAUUCCGCCUUCACACAGAGGAGUCUUUAACAGCGGUGCGAGGCGGAAAUAUUUCCCUACCCUGUUAUUUCUCCGUUCCUGCACAUGCAGUCUACUGGUACAAACACAACUUCACUGGAGCACCAGACGUCGGAGCAUCGCUCGUAGCCCGAGACUAUCAGGGUAUUACAGAUCCUGUACCGGGCUUUGAGAGGUUCAGCAUCACCAAGGAUUACAGCUUGAUCAUUAGAAACAUCACUGUUCACGACGAGACGACCUACUCAUCCCUUGUUGUACCGAUAGCGUUAGCGGACAAAAGAGGCUAUACGGAGUUGAGUGUUGUAGCUUUGGCAGAGCCCCGUGAACCAAUCAUUGAGUCUUGUAACGUCACAGCACCAGGGAGAUGCAUCUAUGUCAUUGAUGAGAACUCGCCAGAUGAUAUAAUACUGAGCUGUGCGGUCUACCACGUUCGACCUCCACCAGGUCUGACAUGGGUUAGAAAUGAUGGAAGAGUACCGAAACAUGAAAUUCAGCAUAUGCAGGAGAAAGAUGGGCUGUUCAAUAUUUCUUCCCAAAUUCAGGUUACUAAGGCUGAUUUUGAUAAACAGUAUACCUGUGAAGCUAAUGGAGAUGCCGUGAAAGGAACCUCGUCAAUGAAAAUUACUAUAAUUGAGGGUGAUUUUACAACAGUUUCUCAUGAUCGUGGGAUCAGCGGAGGUCUUAUCACCAGCAUCGUUAUUAUUGUCAUUCUACUUAUCCUAUUGGUGUCAUGCCUGAUAUAUUACAAAAAAUGUGGAGUCCCUGGUCCAUUAGGAGCUGUGAAAAUUCAAAAGCCAGCACCACUUGGCGAUAUAGAAUCACAACCCUUGACGGAUCAAAAAGAGCUAACCGCGAUAAAACUCAGUCAGAAAAUUGAAGCAUUAGAAAACGUAAGAAAGGAAGAUCAAGCUUCGUUUGAAGAGGAAAAACGUGAGAUCGAAUCAAAGUGGCAAAAGAUUUUACAUGGUCAGGUCGAGAAGCUGAAAACUCAAGAGCUUGCCAUGACAACACUCAGUCAGAAAAUUGAAUCAUUGGAAAACGAAAGAAAGGAAGAUCGAGCUUUAUUUGAAAAGGAAAAACUUGAGAUCGAAUCAAACUGGCAGAAGAUUAUAAAUGAUCAGGUUGAGAUGCUGUACACUCAAGGAGGUGAAACAAUCGACUGCCAUACCUGGAAGAUUCUCAUUCGCAGUUUCGACGGAGGCAUGUUUCCUUUACUGGUGAACCCGAAUAUGACGGUGGACAACCUGAAAACGAAAAUCUCUGCAAAAAUAGGUGUGCAUUCUUCUCCGAUAUAUAUUCAAUGCAAUGGCCGCAAACUCAGUCAUGUCAGUGGGCAAUGCAAUCUCAAGACGGCUGGAAUAAAUAAUUUGUCUACUAUUAAUGUGAAUUGAGGACUAAGGGGAGGGGGAAUUGGGUACUGAUCUAUAUUCUGAUGAUUCUUUUGGGGUAAAACUGUGAAAACUAUUUCCUUUUCUCUGACGAAUUCGGCCCUGUUGCCGAGAACUUUAUUUUUCAAAUCAAAGAAAACUCAGUUUUGUCCUAAGUCAUUGAGAGGGUGUUCCAUUGUCGCUUUGGUUUUUAUGGUAAAAGGGUUAGAAUUGGUAGUAAAUGUAUAUAAAAUAAUUCUAGAAUAAUGGCAUAGUGACUUAGGAAAAAUGAUAGUGUUCAUUAAAAGACCUAGCUCCAUGUGAUAACCUUGGCCUGAUUGACAAAAAUUGCACAUUGGAAUUGUAAUAUAGCUUUGGUGUGUCGUAUUAAAGCGACUUAAGGAGGACCAUGCACUGUU